AAGCUGCCAGUGUCAAGAACUAUUGUUUCUUUACCAAUUGCCUCAAGAGGAAGAAGUUGUAAAGAUCACUUGAAGAGAUGGGACGACCAGCUGUGUAAACUUCGCUUCCCAUUCGGAAGAAACAGGAAAGUCGAAAAAUCUGCUGGAGUUGUUUCAGUGAUUAUGUUACGUAAUCCUUUGUUCUAACUUGGAUGGGAUAAGUUAAUCAAUUCCUUGAUGCUUUGACUUCAUUUUGUGUCGAGUAUUUGAGCGGAGUAGUUCAUUUGGAUCUGCCGCAUUUUGUCAGAAGUUAGUCCUGUCACUGUGAUUUCAACUUGGGAGCAGUUUUUGGCGAUUGAAGAUUUCAAAAAUGGAAUUAAGAAUCUUUUUAGGCUGUUCUGCGUGCGUGGUAUUUCUUAUAUUGUCAUUCAUGACGGGAUUUAAUUGCGAUUCCCCAAUACCACUUGAGAAAUACUGUAACAAGUCCGUCAGUAGUAAAUUUUACACGACUUGUAAACCGUGUCCAGCGAACCAAAAUACAAAUUGUCCGUACGGAACGACGAAGUUGACGACAGGCGUCGGAUUAAGUGGGUGUUCGUAUCUGCUCAUUUUGAUGGGGCAUAAGAUGAUGUUGAAGGGAUGCCGCCAUCAGUGCGUUCGUCAUUCACAAUUACGAGUUUGCUGUCCUGGAUUCUGGGGAUUUGCUUGUCAAGAGUGUCCCGGCAGUGCUCAGUUCCCGUGUAGCGGGCGUGGCAUUUGUAGUGAUGGUAGCUAUGGUAACGGAACUUGUUCUUGCGAGGGACGCUAUGGAGGAUUCGGGUGUGAAACAUGCGCCAAACAUUAUCAAUUUGGAGUAAACUGUACCGGAGAAUGUCGCUGUCUUCACGGAAUCUGCAGUCGCGGACUUCAGGGAGAUGGAACUUGUUUUUGUGAUGCGGGAUUCAAAGGACGGUACUGUGAUGUGGAAAUCCCGUCAUGUGAUUCCAUCGCCUGUGACGAGCAUGCCGAGUGUGUGGAAGAGAGUCCUGUCAUCGGUGCAAAGUGUGUCUGCCAUUUAGGUUACCAAGGCGACGGGAAAACUUGCGAUGCCAUCGACCCUUGCACCAGUGAUCCCUGUCACACAGAUGCCAUCUGUAACAUGACGGCCCCAGGUAACCACUCCUGCAGCUGCAAGCUAGGAUACGCUGGUGAUGGGCUGAUCUGUCAGGCUGUGGACCCAUGUCAGACUGGCUACGGAGGCUGUGAGGUCCUCAGCUCAACUUGUGUCUAUGACGGACCUGGCCAGAGUCACUGCCAGUGUAAUGGAGGCUAUGAGAACUAUGUGGAACCGAUGGGUUGCUCCUUGAUCGAUGUAUGUCUACAGAACACCUCUCUCUGCCACGCUGGCGCAAACUGUACCACCACAGCUCCAGGAGUAUUCGAGUGUAAAUGCAAGGAGGGCUACAUUGGUGAUGGAUUCGUCUGCUAUGGAAAUCUACUUCAGAGACUGAUCGAGCUUAACGCGUUGGAUCCGGAGUUGAGCGGGAAACUUGGCAUAUUCAUACGCCUAAUCCAGACCACGUUAUUCGAAGCGUUGAGUCAGCAUGGACCGUUUACGUUAUUCGCCACGACUGACGGUGGAUUCAGCGGCCUGAAGGUGCUUGAUGAGAUGAAGAAUGACCAGGAUCGUGCGAAACAAGUCUUGAAACAGCACCUCGUGAUUGGCGACUUCAGACUUGAAGAGCUGUCGAACGUCUCACACUUCUAUACUCUCCUUGGCGUGCCCGCAGAGAUAAAAUACAAGGACAGGGAAAUUGACAUCUUCAAAUACCGCCUACAGGGGGCGCCAGCAAAAGGAACCGUGCUGCGAGCAAACAUCCUGGCGUCGAACGGGCUGAUCCACGUGACCGAUCGGGUGAUAGGGAGGUUACCAGAAAUAAAGGGCGAUCGACAGGCGAGUAUCUUUCAACAGAUGAAGACUGACGGCCGUUACAACAGAUUCGAACAACUCCUCCUGUCGGCAGGUUUAGAAGACGAACUCUCCAGCGGUGGUCCUUACGUCGUGUUGGCGCCUAAUAACGGCGCAUGGGACGCACUACCAGAGGGCACUGUGGACCACCUGCUGUCGGAGGAGGGUCAAGGGAUGCUGAUCAGUAUCUUACUCAACCACAUCGUACGAGAUACGACCAUAUUGUCGGAAGACCUUGUGAACAUUCAGCGUUUCAAGACCUAUGGCAACAACUUCGUCAAUGUCACUAUCACGGAAUUGGGACAGAUUCGCUUCGACAACAAAGCCAACAUUACGCAGAGCGACAUUCCCGCCAACAAUGGCUACUAUCACCACAUCGAUGGCAUCCUCAUCCCUGCGUCGAUCGGAACGAUACUGCCUCACCGGUGCGACGAGAAGCAGUAUCAGUUGGUCAGGGGCGGAUGUGGUCCAUGUCACAGAGUCAAUCCGUGUACGGCGCCUGAUGAUAUCCCAUUGAACAAGACAACAGCUGGAUGUCGCUACUGGGUGAACCUAAGGUUUCGCUAUGUCGCUUUCAGGGGCUGUGCUAGGUUGUGCAACCGGACCAUCACUACCAAGAAAUGUUGCUCUGGAUUUUAUUCAAAUGAGUGCUUGCCUUGCCCAGGAGGAUUCAUCAACGCAUGUAAUAAUCAUGGCACGUGCGAUGAUGGUUACCUUGGUAACGGCACGUGUAAAUGUGAGCCUGGUUUCUAUGGAAGGAAUUGUGAACACUGUACAGAUCCAACCAAGUUCGGCCCAGAUUGUAAACAAACAUGUACCUGUAUUAAGGGAAGAUGUGACUUGGGCACCAAAGGCAAUGGGAGAUGCAAAGCUGGCUCGUGCGAGACUGGAUACAAGGGGCCAAAUUGCGAGCAGCAGAGAAUCUCGUGUGGCCAAGCCUCGUUGCGGUACAACUGCCACGCCCAUGCCACCUGCGAGCGACGAUAUAUGGAUGCACGCCAAAGAGCAAUACAUUACCUGAGCUUCUUAACGCUUAAAAACUUAGCGCGCCUUAGCUCCAUGCCUGUCGUGUGUCAAUGUGACACGGGUUACACAGGCGACGGGAUAAAGUGCAUCGAGUUGAAUCCCUGUGAGGAGGCAAACAGAGGUGGCUGUGACGAACAGGCCAAGUGUCUACACACCGGGCCCGGCCUGAGCAAGUGUUUGUGUACGGAGGGCUGGGUGGGAGAUGGCACCUAUUGCUAUCCCAGCACGCCAUGCAAGGUCCACAACCAGUGCGAUCCAAAUGCUGAAUGCAUCGACACAGCACCGGGGAAAUUUAUUUGCAGAUGUAAAGUGAAUUUCCAUGGCAACGGGACGUACUGCGUCUGGGACGACAUGUGCACGGUAAAGAACGGAGGAUGCGAUGCCAAUGCUUUGUGUAUCAACACUGGUCCGGGGAAGAAUAACUGUACGUGUAAGGAGGAGUACUAUGGGGACGGAGUCAUCUGCUUGAGGACUAUAUUGGGAGAGAUUAACACCAGGAGCAGGAUCGCGGAGGCGAAGAAAUUAAUCCAGGGACUUCCCCUCUCUGACCACUACCUGAAUGAUCGGCAGGGGAACUAUACAGUGUUUAUACCGAUCAGUGAAGUCCUAAUCAAGUUUAAGGCGCGUGCCAACAAUCGGUACUGGAUGCAGCCGGAGAAUAUACUCAAACUUCUCAGUUACCAUGUGUUAAGAGGGGGCUACACCAUGGAGCAACUCUAUUUGCACAAUUUCUUGAAUGACGACGUGGACACAUUGUUGUCGGGACACCCUUUAAAUGUGACCAAGAAAGGAAAUAAUACCUCCGUCGAUGACGCUCUCGUCCUUGACGCAAACAUCGCCGCCAUUAACGGUUACAUCCACAUUAUCGACGCGGUCUUGGAGCCGUACCCCAUUCCGUUUGACGAGCAAAAUCCGUACCUUGUGGAUUUACUGACGGAGAAGAAUCUGACAGUAUUCAGAGACUAUCUAGUGAAUACCGGCUUCAUAAACCAGAUCGAUAACUUGGAGGAGGACUUCACACUGUUUGUUCCAGAUAAUGAAGCUUUUGCCAAUCAACAAUUAAAUAUGAGUAUGCGCUAUCUGUCGUCGUAUGCCAUCGGCGAGCUGUUGACUUCCCAGAUGUUCAGCAACAAUAAACGGUCCGAGACACUGCUGGGGGGGAAGUUUAAGAUUACCUGGAAGAAGACGUUGAAACAGUUGGCAGUUAAUGACGCAGAUGUUAAACAGCAAGACUUGAUGGUGGAUGGUGGAGUCGUGCACGUUAUUGGUGGCCUCUUUGAGCCAACACUCAACCAAUGCGAUAAAAGAAAUUUGAUUAAGGAGAAGGGUAUUUGCGAGCCGUGUGCCGGAACCCAAGCCACGUGUCCCAAGGGUUCAUGGACACCAGUCCGCCUAAUCCACUUCGCCGAUUGCACUUACAAUAUCACCGCUAGAGGAGUUACGAAAAUUAAACACGGAUGUUACUCUUUAUGUUAUAGGUUCGAGGAGGCCAGUGAUUGCUGCCCGAGUUUCUAUGGACAAGAUUGUCGAGUCUGUCCCGGGGGAAUUGACUAUCCUUGCAAUGGCCACGGGAAGUGCGCUGACAGAAUCAGUGGGACGGGACUGUGCACAUGUGAUGAGAAUUACACCGGGGAGGCUUGCGAUGUUUGCAUCAAGGGGAAGAGAGGGCCGAACUGUAAUGAAACCAUCUCUUGCAAGAAUAACAAUGGUUACUGUGACUCGAACGCAAUCUGCUCCGGGUCGGACAUGGAUGUGGCGUGUCAGUGUCAGGACGGUUUUUACGGCGACGGCAAAAACUGUACGCAUUGGUGUGAGGUGAAUAAUGGCGGCUGUCUGAGUUACGCGUCUUGUCAAUGGAAUACUAAGAUGGAUUCCGUCGACUGUCACUGUCCGGACAAUAUGUUUGGCGAUGGGAAGGCCUGGUGUAAGCUCUACAUCAAUGGAUGCAAGACGGAAAAUGGCGGCUGUCAUCCUGAUGCGAUGUGCUCCUUUACACCCCCUACUGAGCAGGACAAGCCUGAUGGCAUUGUCACCUGUGAAUGCCGCAAAGGUUUUGUCGGUGAUGGAUUCCAGUGCAAUUCCGAUAUCUACACCACCAUUAACUCUCUCCAAACUACCCAGGUCUUCUCAGAGAUGUUGAAUAAGAGUAGCAAGUUGGCGCCAGGCAUACUCGACCUGCUGAACAAGUUACAGAACGACACGCAGGAUUAUACAAUAUUUGUUCCUGUCAAUUAUGUAGCAACAUCGUACACGCGCAAUGAUAUCGCCAACAUGAUCGUCCCUCAACGCAUCUCUCUGAGCCAGAGCAUGAAUGAGACGGUCUUCGUGAAUAUUGCAGGAAAACCGUUAGCAGUUGGCGUAAGAUCUGUUAACGAUACGGAGACUUUCUAUGUGAAUGAUGUCACCAUCUCCGAGAUGAACAUUCCAGCAACAAAUGGCAUCAUCCACUUCACAGAUAAACCGCUUCUCUUUCCGAUCACUGAUAAUAAGAUCCCAGAUUCUCAUGGCGUGACGUUCUCUGAAGAUGCGAAAUUUUUGCUGAAGGUCGUCGUGGCGGCGGUCGUGGGCGUUGCUGUGGUCGCGAUUAUUGUCGCAUUGGUCGCAGCAAGGAUGCGACGGAAACGCGUCAAACCGGGUGAAGACACUAAGAACCUCAUAGCCACAUUUUCAAAGGAUGGCAACGAAGACCUCGGCUUCAGUCAACUGGAUAACGACAUGAGUGACGACGAAACGAAAAACAAGACCAAGAGGAAGAAAAGAGGAAGCUGCGAGAUUUCGCACGGACACUCCUUUGAUAACCCCCUCUAUGAGACCGGAGCCGAAUCGAACGUCUCAAGUUUUCCAUUUUGAGGGGAGUGUGAGCGAUCUUAUAAACAUUCCUCGGUGAAUCAGACAAUAAACAUGUAUGGAAUAAGGAAUAAGGUGUAUAAACAAUAAUUCUCAUUUAUUUACAAUGAAUUGUCAGGGACAGGGCAGGCCAGCUCGGCAGGUUGGAACGUCGGUCCCAUUCUCGGCAAGCUGGGGGACUGAUUCUUGAAUGUUAAUUUUGAUACCACUGUGUUUUUAUAGCUUAAUUAUUCAAGUAUGUUGAUCUUUUACUCAACAAUGGAAAUGGAAUCCAUUCUUGCACCACAUUUUACUCAAGAUCUCAUUUUGUAAGAGGUUGUACUAUACUCUCAUUUUUAGCUCACCUCUUAGCAGAGGUGAGCUUAUCCCAUACCGUGGCGUCCGUCGUCCGUCGUCGUCGUCGUCGUCGUCGUCGUCGUCGUCGUCGUCGUCGUCGUCGUCGUCGUCGUCGUCGUCGUCGUCGUCGUCCGUCGUCCGUUAGCAGGGCACGUUUCGUAACUGUUAGAGCUAUUGAGUUGAAACUUGGUACACAUGUACCCUUAUGUAAUGACACCUUGGAGACCAAGUUUCGGUCCGAUUCGUUUCAUGGUUUGGCCACCAGGGGGCCAAACGUUAAAAGUGAAAAUAUGCAAUAUCUCCCUUAAUAGUAGUCGGGAAAUUUUGAAAAAAAUAUGGUAGGUACUUCUAGCAAAGGUGCAUCAUAUAUCCUCCGGGUUUUUGAUUUGACCUCCUUUUCAAGGUCACAGAGGUCAAAUGGUGUAAAUUGGCCGUUAGGAUGUAACGAUGGCACGUUUCUAAACUGCAAUGACUAUUGAUACCAAAUUUGAUACACAUUUACCCCUUAGUCAGGUGAUCUCAGGGACCGAAGUUUGGUCCAAUAUGAUUCACCACUUGACCACCAGGGGGCAAAAUCCAAAAACCUUAAAAAUGUGAUUAUUCCUUAACUUCUUGCCCGAUUGCCACCAAUUUGAUAUCAUGGGUACAUCUAACCACCAUACAGUAUAUGUCACACAGGUUUUUAAUUUGACCUUCUUGUCAAGGUCACAGAGGUCAAAUGGCGUAACUUCGCCGUCAGGCCGUAACUAUGGCACGUUUCUUAACUGCAAUGACUAUUGAUCACAAAUUAAGUACACAUGUACCCCUUGGUCAGGUGAUCUCAGGUACCGAAGUUUGGUGCGAUCUGA